UACAUAAAUUGAUUGUGGGGCCCAUAGGGUCAACCCCUCCGGAUCUGCUGGCAGUCCCGCUCUGCAACUGCAAGCGAGAGAGAGAGAGAGAGAGAGAGAGAGAGAGAGAGAGAGAUGGAGAUGGAGAUGGAGAUGGAGGUUCAAAUUCAGACGCACCGUGAAACAGCAAAGAUGAGUUGUGAAGAAAUGACUGGUUCGACCGAUAAACCGUCCGACCUCUCAGAGGUAUGUGAACAUCACAUUGUGAAGCAUCCUGCCUGCCAGCCACACAUUACUGGGUGCCCACAAGCUAAUCAAAAGAUUAAAACUAUCGAAGAAAUCCAAGAUAGGAAGAACCAGACAUUAAUUCCCCUGGAUUUGCUUGGUGGCUUUCCUCGUCGCAGUCGAUCGAAGAGGAUUGUUAACCAUGGCAGUAUAAGUGCACCUGAAAAUGCCGACUUUCAUGAAGACUUAACGGCAAAAAGUAGUGCAAGUCAGCCACCCUUUCCAAAACGUCGCUGUGCUUAUCAAAAGAAAAAACGUAGGCAAAAAGAUGAAGAGACCAGUGACCCUGAAGUAGUUAACCGGUCUUCAGGACGUGAACGAUCAAAGAGAAGAGUUAAUUGUGAUAAUGGGAUCGUCCCACAGCAGGGGAAAUUGGAUAGCUCUGCGUUUGAAUGCUAUUUGGAGAAUCUAUGGACGAGCUUUUCGGAGGAAAAGAGGAGCUCAUUCACACAUCUUGAUUGCUUGUGGUUUUCCUUGUACACAAAAGAAUCUUACAAAGCAAAGGUGCUGGAUUGGAUUAAGAAGAAGCAGAUUUUCUCAAAAAAAUAUGUCUUCAUCCCUAUUGUUCGCUGGUCUCAUUGGAGCCUCUUAAUCUUCUGUAACUUCGGUGAAAGUCUACAGACUAAAAGCAGAACUCCAUGCAUGCUUUUGCUGGACUCACUGCAAAUUGCAAACCCUCGGCGUCUUGAACCCGAGAUAAGGAAGUAUGUUUCUAUGACCUCCCACCUUAUAUCACUGCAGUUUAAAAAGUUGAUGGCUAAUCAUUCUCUUCUUGUUGGCUUCCUCCAUGUGCAAUAUGUAUGUGCUUUCUAUUUCUGGUUUAAUCUUUUGUUCCCCAGGUUUGUGCUUGACAUAUACAGAGCAGAGGAGAGGCCAGAGAUCCCGAAACAGAUUUCUCGAAUUCCUCUUAAGAUUCCUAAGGUGCCUCAGCAGAGAAAUGCCGAGGAGUGUGGCAAUUUUGUUCUUUACUACAUAAACUUAUUCAUAGAGAGUGCUCCUGAAAAUUUUAGCAUAUCUGAAGGUUACCCUUACUUUAUGAAAAAGAACUGGUUCACUCCGGAAGGUUUGGAGGACUUCUGCAAAAGAUUCAACUCAACUUGCCCGUGAAUUCUGUGAGCCAUGCAGAUGCUUGUUUGUAUCUUCUGUUUUGUGCAGAGAAUUGGAAGAGAUACGAACGAAUGACACAAACAUUUUCAUUUGUGGGGCUAGAAGUUGGCAGUGGAAAAUUAAAAGUUAGAUCCUACUAGUUGUGAAAAGGUAGCCGUUUUGUUUUUCUCAACACAGAUGGUAGCUUUAUUUUCCUUUUGAUUGUUGGUGACAGUACAUUUUCUAUCUUGUUUACUCUAUCCUUUGCUGUCCUACUGUACAGGAAUUUCAGAAUUCUAAGCGAUGGAAAUUUAACCCACAGAUCCGUUUCACGUGCA